CGCUUUUCAUGGCCUUUGAAGGUAAGAGGGAAGAGGAAGCGAUAGAAACAUGAGAUGAAGGAAAUGGAUAGGCAAAUACAGGUCUUUCUGAGGAAGUUGUCAUGGGCUUGCAUCACCGUUGCUUCCUUCACCCUUCUUCUUCUCUUCCUCCGAACCCCUGAAACCUGUGUUCCUCCAGACACACCCUCCAAACCUCACCUCCGGUUCCCCAAAUCUUCCUGCGAUUUCUCCACUCGUGUGUACGUUCCCAUCGACAAGAAGAACAAACGCCUCUGGUCCUCUGGAGAAUGGCUCAAGAAGGUCAAUUCCUACGUUAAAUUCUUUAAAUCCCUUCAAGAUGUGGGUCUUCUCCAGAAGAAUUCCAGAGCCCUCUGUGUUUCCGCAGGAGCCGGACACGAGGUCAUGGCUCUCGCCAAUUUGGGCGUGCUCGACGUUACCGGAGUCGAGUUGAUCGAAUCACCGCCACUGGUGAGUCGGGCUGAUCCGCAUAACUUGCCCUUCUUUAACAAUUCAUUUGAUUUCGCUUUCAGUGCCCAUUUUGCCGAGGCAUUGUUUCCGUCACGAUUCGCGUCGGAGAUGGAAAGGACGGUUGAGGCCGGGGGAGUAUGUGUGCUCGUUGUUGAGGAAUGUGGGGAUGAUGAGGUGAAGGAGAUUGUGGGCUUGUUUAGGAAUUCUAGAUUGAUUAGCUCAAAUAAUGUUACUCUGAUUGGAUUGAAAUGGACAAGUGUUAUCAUGAAAAAAAGAAAUUCUUAAUGAUCAUUCGUUAAAUUUUUUAUUUGUAAGUUCUGUAGAUUUCUCUGUUGGCUAUACAUCUGUAAAUUCGAAGAUGCUUCAAACUGAAUGAAGCGCUCCUACAUUAGCUAUUACUGCUGUUUCCAGCAGUUAAUGUGCACCAGAUUCAUGUAAACUUCACAUUUCAAAGUUGUGCUGAAAGAGAUUGUAUAUUGUUUGUAAUAUGGAAAAGGUUGUCUUAGAUCAGACAAAAAAGCUGCAGUAUGCCUCAGAUUUCAUUGCUGAUGCUAAGAAGCAUUUAACCCAGCAUUCAAAAUUUGGAUGAUGAAAUGCUGAAGCAGAAUGAGUUGGCACGUUCAAUCAAGGAUGAUAUAUGCCCUUUGACACGAUGUCACAUAUAGAUGUUCGUGAUUGUAAAUACAUUUAGAUAGCUAUGUUGAGUUGGAAGCAGGAUUAUGCAAAUUAUGGUUUGGUGUACCUCAUUAAUGGAAAAUCUGGUAAAAGUCCUGAAUUUUUGCAGGUAAUUGCAAUUUUUACUUCAUUUUUUAUUUUGUUUUUGUUGUUUGUCUCCCCUUCCUUACCCUUUAGUUGCUAGAUAUGCAAACUUUGUUAUGACAUUUUUCACUGCCCUUCUGUUGAUAGAAAUGUGCUAUCAUUCACCCCCUGUUAGGGAUGUUUAAGUGACAUUGAGAAUUGCUCAUAAUGCUAGUUGUUUAGCUGUCAAUUUAUUUUUUUUUUUUUUCCUUUAUAGAUUAUCAUCUAAACAUAAUAUGGUAAAUAUAUGGCAGGGGCAGCCUAGAGUCAUUCAUUUUUUAGCUCAAUAUAUCUGGUGGGAAUAGAAUGGGCAGAGGGGCCUAGAGUCUGUUAAGACAGCCAAAACAGUUGUUGAUCCAAUUCAGCUACUUGGUAGGCUCGGGCAAUAAUCCUUUUAGGAGCUCAAACCCAUUUGAAUUGGACGAGGAACCUAAAAACUAUCAAGUCCUAGCCCAUAAAAUAAGAUCAACCCUACUUUCUUUAUAUAAUGUGUGCAAAUUGUACCAUCAAAAGCAAAAUAACUCUAUAGAAGAGUAACUGAAACACAUUUGAAAGAUAAGAUAGAGGUGUUCCACACUACACAACCGCAUGGUCAGUAACCUGACCCUUUACCCUUUAAAUUUCUCCUGCGUCUCCUGAAAGAGCACUAAUGUUCCAUGAUCAAGCUGUACAUGAAGUGGUCUUUGUAUGUUAGAAAUUUGGUUGUUUCAAAGGCUUCAACACCAUUAUGGUUAGUUAGUGCUAAAAGGAACUAUUUUUCAUAAGUCAUUGCUAUUGUCAUGGCUUUUCUGGGCAUUUUUAUUGAGAGUCCUAAGAGAAUUGUGUCACUGGUCUGAUUCAUAAGGCAGACCUUAUGAUGUCAUAAUGCAUGUAACCUUUAGUCUAUGCCUUGAUUUAUCAAUUUUUGCUUAUCUGCUGAACGUUAUCUUGUAUAGAUUGACCUUCUUCUCUGAUUUUUGGCAGGGCUGGGUCAACCAGGUACUGGUGUAUGGUUCUCGACACAAUAGUAUAGUAUAGCAUAGCUUUCAUUGUCUUCCUAUAUUCCUAUUAUAUGUGACAGUAAUUUGGCAGCUCGGUUGUUGGUGAGAAAAUUGAGAUCGGUUGUGAUCUCUUGUGCUCACUCUUGAAACUACAGUUAGUAUUAAUAUAUAAACAACUUUUUUUUUUAACAAGAA